AUGUCCGGUUCGGCCGCCCUCGAAUACGGCUUCCCCUCUACACACUCGGCCAACGCUGUCUCGGUCGCCGUCUACGCCGUCCUUAUGCUCCACCGCGAAACCAACCCCUUCUCCCCCUCGACCACCCUCGCACUCGAGGGCCUCGCCUACUUCUACGCCCUCUCCAUCGUCAUCGGCCGUCUGUACUGCGGCAUGCACGGAUUCGCCGACGUCAUCAUCGGUUCGCUCAUGGGCGCCGCCAUCUCGCUCGUCGAGUUCUACUAUGCCCCAGGCCUCGAAGCCUGGCUCUACAACAGCGAAUACCUCGCGCCACUAAUCAUCGCCCUAGUAAUCAUCGUACUCGUGCGCGUGCACCCCGAACCCGCUGACGACUGCCCCUGCUUCGACGACAGCGUCGCCUUCGCGGGCGUCAUGAUCGGCCUGGAGCUCGGCAUGUGGCGCUUCGCGCGCUACUCGAGCAUCGCCCCCGUCUACAACGGACCUGACGCGACCUUCGACCUAGCCGCGUUGGGGUGGCAGCGCGCCGUCGCCCGCCUCGUCUUCGGCGUCGGCAUGAUCUUCGCCUGGCGCGAGGUCAUGAAACCGGCCCUGCUGCGCUUCCUGCCGCACCUGUACCGCGUCAUCGAGACCCACGGCCUCUCGCUGCCGCGCCGCUUCUUCGUCCCCGCCUCCGAGUACAAGGAUGUGCCCCUGCACGUCCGCGACGAUAAUGUCCUGCCCAACGUCAGCGACCUGCCCAAGCUGGUGCGCAGCUUCCGCGGGCCUGGCAGGGGCCGGUCGGUGAGUAUCGGCCCGCAGAGCGCGGCCGAUGCGUACGAGACGCUGGCGUACCGCGAGCGGAGGCGGAGGGAGAGCCUGGGGAGCGAUGCUGGUGGUGGGUUGAAGGGGCGGGAGAGUGUGAAUGGGUUGAGGGAGAAGGCAGUUGUGGAUGGGGAGUGCUCGCAGGCUUCGGGCGUGCAGAGUAGUAGUGGUGGGAGGUUGGCGGAGUUUGAGAAGAUGAUGGGGACGGGGAAGGUGGUCACAGCGGACCCCGCCGCGGCGGAUGGUGCGCCGGGGACUGAUCUGUACCUAGGGCAGCAGGACGAGCUGGGUGAGAAAGAGGUCUUCUCGAAGCUGGUGAAGCCCAGGGUCAGGUAUGAUGUGGAGGUGGUGACCAAGUUGGUCGUUUAUGCCGGCAUUGCCUGGUUGGCAGUGGACGGCGGCCUUCUUGCUUUUGAGGCUGUUGGUCUCUAG